CCCACACCUCAAGCUUCGUCUCUCUCUCUCUCUCUCUCUCUCUCUCUCUGACUCAUAGUCAUGGGUGUUGUUCUAAUAGGUUUCAAGGAUUUUCAGAUACCAGGGUACGUACUAAAGGCACUUUACGUCAUUGGUUUCAUCAGAGACAUCGUCGAUGCUCUUUGCCCUUACAUCGUUCUACCUAGUUUUCUAUACCACGAUACCUCUCACCGCGACCCGACCAGACACACGCUCUCGAAGUCAGCGAGUCUUGCCGACGAGUUUGUCCCCGUGGUUCGUAUCUCGGACCUUUUGACCGUUCCGGAUGAUUGUUGUACGGUGUGUUUAGCUGAUUUCAAGUCUGACGAUAAGGUUAGGAAGCUUCCGAAGUGUGGACACGUGUUCCACCAUCGUUGUUUAGACCGUUGGGUAGUUGACUGUUGCAAGAUGACGUGUCCGAUUUGUCGUAACCGGUUCUUGCCGAAGGCGAAUUACACGGAGAUGGAUUCGGAUUCUGAUUCGGUUUGGUUCAGUGGUGAAGUGGAAAGUAUCAAUUAAUGGUGGUUUUGUUUGCAUGUAUUUGAGUAUAAUUUAUGUAGCU